CAUUCCUUUCACAAAAAAAGAACUAGUUCUUUUUACCCGUUCGUUCAUGACCGACACACCACUAAUUCACCACGAUAUCAGUAGUGUUGAACAUCAUAACAGGUUUGGGGAACCACUUCUUAGAAUUUUGUAUUUAAAAGCAAGCGACACAAGGAAUAUAACAUCGAUUGCAGUGCAAGCAUGCAGUUAUUCCAAUUGCGGGAAUUCGGUGUGAAGCUUCUUGAAGAGCUCCAGAGGCAGCAAAACAGUGCACAGUUCUGCGAUGCACUUUUGCAAACUGAGGGUAUCUCCGUACCCGUCCACAGCUGUGUCCUAGCAGCACUGAGCCCAUACCUGUCUCAGCAGUUAGCAGCCACCCCGUCCCCUCCUUUCGGACAGAAGCGCCGGCUCCCACUUCACGGUCUGAACACCCACACCCUACUGAAGAUGGUCGGUCUCCUCUACUCGGGAGAAGUGCAGGUGAACGAAAGGGAUGCGAAGGAUGUGAUGGCUGCCGUCCACAAGUUUGGGAUGACACCCCUUGUGGAAAGACGCGGGACCAGAAAGGAGGUGGAACCCAGAGAGAUUGAAAUGCGAGAUGCACAAGUGCAGGCCCGCGUGAGAGAUGCUGUGGAAAAUAGGAGUCCUGUAUCUACGGAGGCCCAGUGGGAAAAUCAACCUCUGACCCCAGAGCGUGUCACUGUUCCACCCCAAAGCAUCCUGCCAGACUUGCACCAGUCUAUAACGCAUCCCACCUCAAAUACAAACAUCUCCCAUGAUGCAUCUACUGAUUCCGGCCGUGUGCCGACUCGAGGUGGGCAAGACACGGGUGGCGAGAACAUGCCGGAAGAUGAAAAUGCCAACUCGGCACCGAGGAGGUCCGCCAAUAUCGCAAAGAAGAACCUGGCCAAGAUGGAGCAGUUGCACAAGAAGCAGAUUUCUGUCAAGGUGACGCUGAGGAGGAACAAGAGCAAGACAAAAGGACACACAUGGGAAGUGGUGUCCAUGCAAGAAGAUGAGCAGACGAUGUCGUUUGCUUCCUUGUCUCAGGAAGACUCCAACCUCCAACAGAAAGAAGUGGCCGACAUCCAGCCCGCAUCCUCCACGGCCCAUCCACCCCCCAAGUCCGCAACACCUCCAUCCCGCCCCGACGCCACGCCUAACCCAUCACACCGCAGCCAUCGCACCCCCCCACACCAACCGGAGCAGCUUGACUGUGACGGCCCCGCAGGAGAAUACGAAGAGCAGUUAGAGAAGAUGUUGGAGGACAUCAUGAAGGGCCUGAACAUCCUGCCCAACGUGGGGGUUCCAGAGGGUGAGGCGGGUCACCGGAAGAUGCUUGCUGAUGUACCGGCACCGCAAUGCCCGUCUGAGCGGAACCUCGGGAUUGAAAGCGAGCAGCCGUCGGCACACAGAGCUCAGGACCAGCUCGACCGUGAACGUGUUCCAGGCUACGACCCCGGUGGCCUGGUGGUCCGUCAGCAAGGACUGACGGGGGAUCUCUCCGCUGAGGAAUCAGUGGGGCAGACCGAUGGCUCGGUCCACAUUGAGGCCUGUCAUAGCCGUUUGAUUCCCCACAGAAGCUCUGCAGACUCAGCUUUAGUCCCGGGUUCUGAUGAGGGAGUACAGAAUCGACACUACUCGUCAUUCCAGGACAAGCAUCCUCCGCAGAACCCGCGCUUCUUAUCGGCUCUAGCUUCCAAUCCAAAUGACAACCAGCCCUGGUCUUUGCUUUCCUUGCCCUGCGUGGAUGAUUUGCGACUUCCGAGGUGCCUUUCUCCGAUAGACCCGUUCACCUCGUUGGCAGUCGAUCAGCCCGUCACCGACAUCAAGCAGCAGUUGUCUUGGUUGACAAACCCGUGGCUCACUGAGCAGUCGGGACUUCUACAUUUCCCUUUUGCUGACGGGGAACACAAAAGGCCACCUCGAUGGAACCCAAGGCCGAUGCGAUGCCUGGACCAUCAGCAGAGCAGACCCUGGAGCAGACCACCUCCAAACCGUGUGUGCCAAACUGUCGCAGAAAGGAAGUCCUACCCUACUAGGAUGAAGAGAACUGCGGUACGGAAACAGGGUGUCGGGAAGGACGGUCCCGCAUCUCCGAAAAAGCGGCGGGUGCACACUGAUGACGAUGUAGCAGAUGCUGCUGGUUCAGUCCAUUACGGGAUCAAACUUGAGCAAGGCAUGAGGUUCUGUUCGGUUAGUUUGGCACAAAACAACAUCCUGGCAAAGGAAAGAAAUAUGUCCUCCCAGGGAGUCCAAAGCAGGAGCGUCGGACUUCCCAACGCUAGCCAAGCUCGCGUCAGGACCAGGAGAGCCGCCAGAAGAACAAGAACUCCAGAGCCGCAAGAGAGCACCUCGGAUGGAAAACCCACAGCCAGAAGACGCGCUAAAGUCCCUCCCUUGAAGAGGAAACGAGGGUGGGCGCCAAAGACCCCCACCGUCCCUCUCGUCAUUUCAAAGGGCCAAACCAAGGAGCCGAACCAUUCAAUCAAGAUGGAGCCCGACAACGGCACGGGGAAGCCGAAGUGCCAAAGUACGAGCCAAACGGCGGCGGCGGUGAUGCCGGUUCCAUCAGAGAAGAGUACGGCGGCUGAGACGACACCUGAUAAUCACAAUCACCAGCAGGGCAACAGCCAAGGUUCCUCUCCCGGUGACGGCGAGGAACGUCCACACCCGAAUGAUCAGGACCCCGCCGCCACCAGGUCAGCAGAGAUCCCCGUCUGCAAACAAGACGACGAGGAAAUGGAGGUGGAUGUUCUGCGGUGCUCUCCGGAUAAAGUGCCUCUCGUCAGGCAGCGUGAGAAUUCUAAUCCGCUCCAUCACACCGACGUCACCUCAGAAGAGGAGGAUGAAAUCGAUGUGAUUGGAUGACAGGUCAGGAAUUGACGGUCUCCAUGUACUGUCUGUUGUUCGGGUUUUAGUUUAAUAUUCACAGCUAUGCAACUUUUGUAUAAAAAAAAAAAACAGACUUUUAUAUCGUAACUGUUCCUCCAUCCAUUUUUUAUUGUUCUCUGUUUGUUUUGUAUAUUUUGUGUUGUCUGUUGGAAUUAUUCCAAGUAUUUUUGUAUCCUAAAAUUUAAAAUAAACCUUAUUUGACGUUGGACCGGAAGUUGUGUUCCU